AUGGCCACAUCCCAGUCACAGCAUACAGGGAUCCUAGGUCAGGCUCGAGGGAGCCGAGGAAAACCCUCCAUCAGUGAGAGCAGGCCGGCGGGGCCAGAGCACUGCGCCGGGGAGGAGGAGAGGCCGAGUCGGGCGGCUGGCCCCGACCUGGGGGGGACCCGAGAGGCCGCGCCAGGACGGCAGGAGACCGGGCCGGACGGCGGGGAGAUCCAAGAGGCGGGGAGGCCGGACCGGGGCGGCGAAGGCCAGGCCGCACGGCGGGGAGACCCGGGAGCCGCCUCGCCGGGCUCGGGCAGCGCCAACCCGCGGAAGUUCAGUGAGAAGAUCGCGCUGCACACGCAGCGGCAGGCCGAGGAGACUCGGGUCUUCGAGCAGCUCAUGACUGACCUCACCCUGUCGCGGGUCCAGUUUCAGAAGCUUCAGCAGUUGCGCCUUACCCAGUAUCAUGGAGGAUCCUUGCCAAACGUGAGCCAGCUGCGUAGCAGUGCCUCGGCAUUUCAGCCGUCAUUUCAUCAAGCUGAUAAUGUCCGGGGCACGCGCCAUCACGGGCUGGUGGAGAGGCCAGCCAGGAACCGUUUUCACCCUCUUCAUCGGAGGUCUGGGGACAAGCCAGCACGACAGUUCGAUGGUGGUUCUUUUGGAGCCAAUUAUUCCUCACCACCUCUGGAUGAGAGCUGGCCAAGGCAGCACCUUCCUUGGAAAGAAGAAAAGCAUCCAGGGUUCAGGCUAACGUCUGCACUUAACAGGACCAAUUCUGAUUCUGCUCUUCACACGAGUGCUCUGAGCACCAAGCCCCAGGACCCCUACGGAGGAGGCGGCCAGUCAGCCUGGCCAGCCCAGUACUUAGGGUGCUGUGAUGGUGAGAAUGAUGGGCAUGGGGAAGUGGUAUCAUUCCCUGGCCCAUUGAAAGAAGAGAAUCUGUUAAAUGUUCCCAAGCCACUGCCAAAGCAGCUAUGGGAGACCAAGGAGAUUCAGAACCUGUCUGGGCGCCCUCGAUCCUGUGAUGUUGGAGGUGGCAAUGCCUUUCCACACAAUGGUCAAAACAUAGGUCUCUUACCCUUUCUGGGGACCCUAAAUACUGGGGGGUCAUUGCCAGAUUUAACCAACCUUCAUUACUCGGAGCCCUUACCGGCCUCCCUGGACACCGGCGACCACCUGUUUGGGAGUAUGAGCAUGGGGAACAGUGUGGGCAACCUCCCGGCCGCCAUGACUCACCUGGGGAUAAGAGGCUCCUCUGGUCUCCAGAGUUCUCGGAGUAACCCCUCCAUCCAAGCCACACUCAGUAAGACGUCGCUUUCGUCCUCCCUGAAUAGCCACCCGCAGACAUUGGUCCCCAGUGCCUCUGCGCUGCACCCUUCGCUCCGCUCGUUCUCCCGGAGCAACCCGUCCCUUUCCACCACAAACCUGAGCGGCCCCUCGCGGCGGAGGCAAACGCCCGUCAGCCCUCUCACGCUUUCUAGCUCUGAAACGCAUCAGGGUUUCAACAGACAGCUCUCUUCAACCAGCCCGCUGAACCCAUACCCUGCCUCCCAGAUGGUGCCUUCAGAUCGAAGCCCACUUGCCUUCCUGCCCUCAGAAGCUCAAGCCCAAGUGUCCCCACCACCCCCUUACCCCAACCCCCAGGAACUCCACCAGCCUGUCCUUCAGCAGCCUCGCCCCCAGGAGCCGCCUGCUCAGCAGCCCCAGUCAGCCUCAGCACUGCCUCAGUCAGACUUCCAGCUCCUCACGUCCCAGGGCUCAUCUUUGACCAGCUUCUUCCCAGAUGUGGGCUUUGACCAGCAGGCCAUGAGGGCAGGCCAGGCUUUUCUUCAGCAGGCACCCCUUGUGCAGCAAGGUCACCGAGAACCACAGGACUCGUUCCAUUUGAGAUCCAACCUGUAUUCCAACUGCGGCAACUUCCCGAACAACAUCCUGACAGAAGACUCAAGCACCAGCCUAUUCAAAGACCUCAGCAGUGCACUGGCCGGCAUGCCCGAGGUCAGCCUGAAUGUGGACAAUCCCUUCCCGCUGGAGGAUGAGCUCCAAAUUGAACCCCUGAGCCUGGAUGGACUCAACAUGCUAAGUGACUCCAGCAUGGGGCUGCUGGACCCCUCUGUCGAAGAGACGUUCCGAGCUGACCGACUGUGA